CAAUAAUCGUCGGUAGUUGUGAUUCUUGGAUGAGCAAAUCAUGCUAACUGCUACCUUACUGUUUGGAGUAACACUGUGGUCGUGGCUACUGCAACCAGUGUAUGGCGGUGCAGGAAAUAAAUGGGCGUACUCUGAUCGCGGGAUAGGACCGGAAUACUGGCCCCUGGACUUUCCGUUUUGUGGAGGUCAACGGCAGUCUCCAAUCGACGUUAUAUCUCAUCUGGCGGUCCCAGGCAGCCAUCUGAUCGACUUCAACCUCAGUGAUCUGAACAAAACCAAUGGCGUGUCCAUGGUUAUGGCGAAUAUUGGCGGACACACAGUUGAAGUUGCCCUCGGUGGUGACCCUAUUUACGUUACUGGAGGAGGCCUGGAGGGGCGCUACAGACUGGAACAGUUUCACUUUCACUGGGGGUUGAAGAGUCAACGAGGUUCGGAACACGCUAUUGAUGGAAGUUAUUUCCCUAUGGAGAUGCACAUCGUUCUAUACAAUGACAAGUAUGCCAACUUCGCUUCGGCUCUACACAAGCCAAAGGGUCUUGCUGUGUUAGCAUUCUUUUACAAGGUUGGCGAAGUAAACAAAAGCAUGUUCAAAAUUUUGCAUCACUUUGUGGACAUCAAGUUCAAAGACAGCAGAAAGCCAAUUGCUGCGUUUCCUAUAUUGUCUUUGUUACCGAAGAAGUUCAAUUCCUGGUUCAGAUACGAAGGCAGCCUGAGCACGCCUCCUUGCUCUGAAACGGUCUCGUGGACUUUAUUUCAAGACAAAAUCCACAUUUCAGAGGCGCAGAUGAAUGCAUUUCGCAGUAUCUUGGAAAACGCCCAAGGACAAGAAAACAGGACUCUAGUUGAUAACUUUAGGCCACUGCAGGAACUAAACAGACGUAAAGUGUACACCAAUCUUAAUUUUGAAUCAGUGAGAACCACUACUGAAGGGACAGUGCAGGUGUAGUAAAACUCGUUAGUUCAAAUGAAUGCACAUUGGUGCGACAUUAUGUGCAUUUAAUCCUUACAUGUGACGUCACACUAUUGUUCUAACUAAACUAUGUGCAGUUCUACGUAUUUUAUAACAACUAACAACUAGACAUUAACUUGUGUCCUUGACAGGCAGCCCAGAUAGCUGAAGUGCGUGUGCACU